AUGCGGUCUAGGUUGCGAGUUUCAUCUCCGGAACGAACGCUUAAAGGGUCGAAACAGCGGCUGCACUUUACGCCUUGGCUUAAGGAGCAGAUCGAAAGUGGAGAUAUCUAUGGCGUAGAGUGGAUCGAUAAAGACCUCGGGAUCUUUAAAAUUAUUUGGGUGCGAGCUGAUAAUCCCGAAUUCAAGCUCGAAACCCAUGCAGAAUUGUUCAAACGCUGGGCAAGCCACACAGGGAGAUAUCGCCCAGGCGACCAGCCAGAUCCCUCGACGUGGAAGACGAGAUUUCGCUGUGCUCUGCAAAAGAUGUCGGAUAUCAUGGAAAUUAGACAUUUGGAAGGAACUAAACCGUACAGAGUUUUUAAGUUUGAGCCAAAACAGAAAGGUAAGGAGUAAGUAUUUAUGACAAAUACACCCGUGCAAAUUAACUUGCCCUUGGCAGUUUUUCCGUGUUACCUUUCUAUUUUCAAUGUUCAGGUCAUUUUGACUGCAUAAAUGAGCCCGUCUUUUGGUGAAGUUAUACUGUUCGUACAAAAAAUCUAUUAGUAGAUGUAUUCAUUGGCAAAGGCAUGUCAUCUUAAAGAGACAAGAUCUUUAUAUAAUAAGAAGACCGACCCGGUUGAUACACCUUAGGCUUUGUUAAAUCGGCAUCGAUUAAAAUAACUUUUCCAUUUAUUACUUGCCAUUACAAAGUCAGGUAUCUUUUAGCUUGAUCUCAGUUCUCGAUCCGCUGUGUCUUAAAGCUACUGGUAACAGUCGGGUUUAAUGGAAGCAACAAGUGACCGAAGAAUGCUCUUCAAGUUUAUUGUAAAAUUUGUUAUGUUGUGCCAAAUACCACAGCAGGUCGGAGGCUAAGCGGCCUUUGAAUUAAAGAAGUUAAAACUGAAAAAGUGUCUUUUUAAGACACUUUUUUCGCUUAAAGAUUUAAAAAUCUUUAUGCGGAAAUUGCAUUUAAGUAAAUAUUUCAAAUUGAAGAGGAACAAAAACUGCUCCUUUAUUUAAACUAACAACUUCCCCUGUUAUCGAUGUUUCUUAUUUAGAAGAAACAUCAAAUUUCUUUUAGUAGUACUAAUAACUGGAAUGUAAUUAAUUGAAUCUAAACACGCUAAUGGCCCAAAACAUUUUUUCUUUAUAUUUUCCCUCUGUCAUCUAACCAUGACGAAGAGAGGGGUACCUGCAUGCAGUCUGUCUUUUUUCCUUCUCUUUCUUAGUUCCUUUUUAUCCAGCCCGAAAAUAGCAGUUGCUUUGAACUGUUGUGCGGUAUAGCGAAGAUACAGGACAGACGGCAAAUUGUUGUUGCUCUAAAUAUCAUUCUAUAAGUAGCAACUGUCCAACAGUAGGAUACCUAAGAUGCGUGCAAUCCAUUGGUUUCGCCUCCAUAACUAAUCCUAAACAAGAGAUAAUAACCAACUGUAAAACAUUUUAAGAGAAGCCCGCCACCCAUAAUGUUAGCACAAUAUCUCGCAGCCCUUUUUGCAUCCUAUGUCGACGAUUCGUCUGACAUCACGAAUUUGAGAGAAUAGAAACAGUUCUUUAUGUACUUCAUUAUAAAAGUAUGUUUUGAACAGUACGGAUGAUUUAGAAGCAAAAAUCCCAAAAAUUAUCGUUUGAAAAUAAAAACACGAGCAGCGAUGAUAGCUAGACAAGGGGAUAUUAAGUAUUUAAAAUAACAUCGGUACGUGGGGGACAAAAGACCGGACAUCAUAAUCACUAGAUAUACGGUGAGGGAUCUAAUUGUCGUGGCAUGUCUGGGAUGGCUUGUUUCUUAACCAUUGCCAAAGACUGCUAGGUUGCUUUGGUUGAUGUUUGCCUUUUGCCGGUUUCGGAGCAGUUAGUUAAGUUAGUUAUCAAGCUAAAAGAGAGUUUUAAAAACUCGUUUCGAGGCAUCGAGUGAGAGCGUUAUAGACAGGUGAUGAUACCAAAGGUUAUUUCCCUCAUUUGCUAAUUUAAAAGCGUUAACAAAGUGUAUUUAAUUAACUAUAAUCCAAUUUUCACCUCGUUCUGCACAACUGUGACAUGUCAUCGCCAAGCUCAAAUCCCGAUGAUUUGCGUCUAUGCCGCUUAUCUUUAGACCACCUGCAUGAGCAGUGGUAUUUGCUGAUAAUAACUUUUAACGAUGGGAAUGGCUUAACUGAAUUUAUAGGUUGGGUUGUAUGUCUUAAAAAUGGUUAGAUCGCAUGGUGCUGUUGGUAGCAUUGGAAAAACUCAAAAACGUUCCCAGGAAGUUGAAAGCAUCUCAUGUAAUUCCGUAAUUCAUUGAAUAGUUUCCUGUUGCUAUUCAUUCUUUUAUCUGGAAACACGUGUUUACCACCCGACUAUUUUGUUUUGAAAUUGACUUAAUAAUUGACUGUGUUUUGUUUUGUUUGACUUCAAGGAACUGUUUAUUUUCCAAAAUUUACUGUCCGUUAAAGAAAUUUUUGGGGAAGUUUUUUUCGAUUGCUGCACGACGGUAAGAUAUCAUGAACUUCUUGGCAGCAAUAGAAGUAGUUUUUCGUCUGCGAACGUUUUUGGACCAGUAUAUAUAUCUCACUGACCCACUGAUAAAACUCACUUNUUUAACGAUGGGAAUGGCUUAACUGAAUUUAUAGGUUGGGUUGUAUGUCUUAAAAAUGGUUAGAUCGCAUGGUGCUGUUGGUAGCAUUGGAAAAACUCAAAAACGUUCCCAGGAAGUUGAAAGCAUCUCAUGUAAUUCCGUAAUUCAUUGAAUAGUUUCCUGUUGCUAUUCAUUCUUUUAUCUGGAAACACGUGUUUACCACCCGACUAUUUUGUUUUGAAAUUGACUUAAUAAUUGACUGUGUUUUGUUUUGUUUGACUUCAAGGAACUGUUUAUUUUCCAAAAUUUACUGUCCGUUAAAGAAAUUUUUGGGGAAGUUUUUUUCGAUUGCUGCACGACGGUAAGAUAUCAUGAACUUCUUGGCAGCAAUAGAAGUAGUUUUUCGUCUGCGAACGUUUUUGGACCAGUAUAUAUAUCUCACUGACCCACUGAUAAAACUCACUUCAGUAUCAGGAACAUGUUCUUUUUUUGUUCCAAAGGAUAAAAGAAUAAAAUUGAGAUAAUUUUUGACAUAGUUCGUGGUCGUCCAGAGAGAAAGCAAUCAGACUAGUCACCAAAGUGAGAUCGGCAUCGUCUUUAAUACAGUAAUUCCCGUUCGGAAUGAUGCGGGAAAAGAAAUGAAACUAUAACGAGUUGACGGCCAUUGUAUGCUAUACGAGCAAAUUUAUCCCAGUUUCAAUCAGGAGCAAACUUCAGCUGACUCGUUACUCUACAAGUAGAAGCCCAUUUGCUGUGACUUAGUUCUAUCGAAGAAGAUGAACACGUAGCCGGGAUAACGUUAGACUAUCUUCAGGACCUGAACAAUACAUUAACUUUUAUUUUGAUAUUGACUGCCUCAAUCUCUCGAUCAGGAUCUUGACUCAGAUGGUGUUAAACGUUACAAGGAUUUUUGAUGGACUAAGCUCUUUGCGUCCGUCAGAGUCCAAAAUCAUUUAAGAUGUUUUCAAAAUUAAUUAAGAGCUGUUCGAAAAAUAGGAGGAAACUGAUAAGAAGGUGAUUUUGAGCCAUUGCGACCUACGUCAACAGGAAGUGAGGCCUUGCCUUGAUUUUAGGUCCCACAUUUAUAUUUCUGUGUCUUUACUCUUAUAACGGAGAUUGGUCCGAAUUGCUGGGAAGAGUUGAAGGUCGGUCCUCACAACGGAAGUAGGCCAUAUUCCCCCCCCCGGCGCCAUCUGCAUUAAGGAGGACGAUGUGUUUUGGGUCAACAUAGUGGUCAAGCUUCCAAAUAUAAAUGCUUUCUGACACAACACCAGCAAAAUGUAAGAAUAUUUUUAUACUUCUUGUCUUUCCCAACUUAGUGCAUUUCUUGAAGGUGAAAUUUCACGUUCCUUUUUACAUUAAUCGAGAUAUUUGGACAGGGGACAAAGUUGAAGACUCUUCAACGAACAUUUCCUUAACAAACCUGAAAGUGAUUUGUUCGAGGAAAGUUUUUUUUCGCAAUUUUUUUAGCCAAACAAUUUAAUUUGAUGCUGAUAAAACAAAUUAACAAAGAGAAACAGAAAAAGUAACAUGCACGGCAAAUUUAAACUGUGUGUCAGUUGCAUGAGAUGCGGUUUCAAGAUGAGCAGCGCUAUAUCGCGAAUUUAACUUAUCGAACACCUAUAUGGUAAUUUAGGUGCUAGUUUUCAAACAUAUUGUAUUAUCAUUUUCUUUCCAAAAUAAAUAGCGUCACAUCAACUUUCGGUUUAUCUUUGGGUGUUAAUGCCUCAGAUAUUAAUCGAAUUUAAUGCGUUGAAUGAUAUCGAUCCUCUGGUAUCGAGUGGUCAACAACAUCAGCUGAAUUCGUUGCUUCCUUAUCUCUCUGUGACAACAACUUGAACUUUGAAGUCAUAUUGAUGUCAUAAUAAUUAAAUUAACUUGUUCUCAAGACGUGGUUUUGCACCGUCAUUAUUGUUUAACCAUUGUUUACACAUGCAUUUUUUAACUUACGAUUCUUUCACUUUUCAAAAGGAAAUUCUUCAAGGCGUAGGAGAAGACCGUGUUUUACAUCAGAGACAAACAGCUCCUUGGGUGAGACAGUUUCGGGAUUACAACAACAGCUUGUUCCAAACCAUUACUGGAGUUACGCGGGCGUGAGUGACUGGGAUACGCAGAACACCGAGGUAUAACUACAUGUAGUAGACACGCCUCAGGCAUGGCGUGCUAUCUCCGUCCUUGCGUGAAACGUAAUUGAGAAGUUGUAAGCUUGCGGUACCCGUUGGAUCUACAAUAGACAGGGAGGGAAAAAAACAUGAAAGAGACGGAGAAGCUCGUUGGAAAAAUAAGAUUUAUACCGGCCUAAAAGAGGCCAAUCUGGGUGCGUUUUUUAACCCUAGGGAAGACCUAACUAAAAUCCUCCCCCAGCUUAUACGACGAGCCACCCCAUCAUUUUUAUGUAAGCCUAACACAGGCACUACCACACACAAACACCGUUUCGUACACGACUUCAAUUCUAAUAACGCUAUGAUAUAAUUAUGUUUCUUUUUUUCAGCCAUGGUAUAUGGAGAACUGGGACAUGUAUUUUCCACAGAACGUUCAGAAUGAGUUUGGAUACUUUUAACGCCAAAGUUUUGCACUUAAGGAUUAGCAAAGCUUUAAUUCUGGUAAGGAUAAGAAUUUGAAUUUUAAAAACUUUAAAGUAGUCGCGAGCAUAAGGUGUCUAUUCAUAUUUAUUUGUACAAAUUCACCCAGUUGACUUGUAACUAAGCCCUCAUUUGCAGAAUAAAAAAUAGCGCACUCAACUAUAGUAGGUUCGAAAGUAUGUAAACACUGUCAUGACCGUUUUUAACAUUUUUAUGCGAGAAUACAAACAGCCAAUAGCUGCAAGUAUUUAAGUUAGGUCAUGCGCGGCUUUUUGCCAACGGGCUGAUCCGCGUCCUGAUUGGUCACUUGGGUGUUAAAAAGCAGGAUGGCACGUUUCUUACUGCGUCCACGCUUACCGUGUUGCGGAGUUCCAUUGCUUUUUUGCCACGCGUUUUCGGGGAAAACUGUGAGUAUGGAUUCCUUUAACUGACUCAUGAUUACAAUAAUCUCCAUAAUGAUUUCCGUUUUAUAAACUUCCAUGCCGGGGCCACACCUUACAUCAUGCUCUAUCUAUUUCGUGUUAUGCUUCAUUCGCAAAUUUUAAGUUUGAGCUUAUAACAAAUGAUUUGCAAAUUUACUAAGUACUCCAGUGGCGUUUUAGCUCGGGCUGAGGUUAGCUCUCCCUAAUCGGAGUCUUGCCAAUAACUGGUUCUCUCCGAGAUAAAAUGCUUGAAAAACGCAUUAUCUAAAUCACGCUGCAUUCUCUUCGGUGCCUAACCUAAACUGUUGAACUAAACAUUUUCAGAGGAUGCACCAACGUAUAAAGCUUCGUCUUCGCGACUGGCUCAAAGAGCUGAUCGAUGCGGGCUUGUAUGGUUUAAAAUGGGAAGGAGACCCGAGGAAGCGAACCCUUCGAACCCCUUGGAAAAACUGCUCUCGGCAUGGCUUGUCUGUAAAAGAUGAUGCCGCUCUAUUUAGAGCCUGGGCCACCUAUACAGGAAAAAACAAAGAAGGAAGGGACCUCCCUGAUCCUCGAAAGUGGAAGACAAAUUUUAGAUGUGCUUUGAAUGCCUUACCAGAUAUUAAGGAGAUUCGCGAAGAGAGUUGUCCCCGUGGAAAGGAUGCUUACAAGAUUUACAAAAUGCGGCCAGUUCGAGGAAGAAGUAAGGGAUUUGGAACCCAAAGAUGCUACCGGAAUGCGAUAACUGUUAAGAUUGUAAUAGCUCACUGUUAGCGACGUAAUGAUAUUAUAGUUAGAGAAAGAUGUUAGCGUUUUCCAUUCUCUAUCUCCAUGUUUCUUUCGGCCUAUACAAACAAAGCAUGUCUUGUUUGCAAAUAGUUGCCAACGAACUCAGAGCUAAAGCUAAUAAAAUAACGACCAGGGAAAUUCCUAAAGAGUGGACCCAGAGUGGUAUGGUGCGUAUUUAGGGAAAGCAUACUCUCUUAGCGGUUUCACGGACCAAAAUCUGAGCUAUAUUGGCACUGACGGGUUUUAAUAUUACAAGAUCACAGAGCAAUUUGUUUCUUCAAGUCAACAAUUUUGCAAUAAGUCUGGCGCAAUGAUAAACGUAUCGCUGCAAAGAAAGAACAAAACUUUACCUCACAUAGACAGAGUCAAUGUCGAAUUAGACGAGGAGACAAAUGAGACAUUUAUAUUGUAUAAAUGCGAUUUUAAGGAACAGCGGUCAACCAUCAAUAUCAACUAUCGAUAGUGGUAAAUUAAUGAGAGAAAGUAUUUGCCACACGCCAUGAGAUCAAUAUACAACAGAUUUCAACUUGAAUUCUUCGGUUCUCAUUCACGGGAUCGUUUGAGCCCAGGACAUUUCAAGAGUCGCUUGAACUUCUCGUUCAAUCAGUUGAAAUGCUAAAAGACUACGAGGUUAGAAAUGUAGAUUUGAUGAAGCGCAAAGCUCUUAAAUGCCAGUACAAUACAUCUCUAGUUGGCGCAAACUUUUAAGACUGACUUCACAUCAAUCCAAAUGUAAGAUCAAAAGAAUGUUUGUUUGUUGUAAACAUUGCAUUUCCAUGACUUGUGGUGGUAUGUACAAUAACCUCUCAUACAAAUACACUGGUCGUUUUUUUUUAACCAAGACUCUGUGCUGCCGAUAACUUCGUUAACAGUCAUUUCUGAGUUACGUUCUACUGAAAUGAUUAAAAACAAAUUCAAAAGAACCACUUUCUACUACAACUUGUCUUUUCCCUUAUAAUCUGACAGGAGAAAAACAAAAACGAAUAGAAAGUUAAACUUUUGUGGCUCCAUUAAUCGCAGUCUUGCCUUAUUUGAGAGUAGCAGAAAUCCAGUUAGUUACUUUACUAAACGGAUGCAGUAUCAAAUUCUACUGACAGCGGUUGUUUUUCAAACAUGGCUGCCAUAUGGGACAUUUCUGUAGUUUAAGUCGGUUUCAGCUUACUAUCAUUCGGUAGAGCAGGCGGGCGCAAAAUCAGAAAAAAAAAAAGAAUCACACCUCUAUAUUAAGUUGCUCUGAUUCUAUUUGAAUUUGUUCAUAUCCCACUUGUCUCCUCGUCUCACCGGUUGUUUUACAGUUAGGUGGUCGGCUUUCGCGUUUCUGUUAUAUGAAUUUAGAGCGUGACUCAUUUACGUCCUUCGUAAAUCAAUAUCAUGCGUGCACGUACUUUCCGGUAGUUCUCUUUGUUAUGCUGUACCAGGUAUGUGCAGCACUAAUAGAUUUUAACUUGUAGAUGGAACAAUAAAAUGUCACCAUUCAAAUUUGCACGUGUUUUUUAGUAUUUUUAUAACGUCUAAAAAACGGGUCUAUGUUUUUGGUCGAUGUGAAAUCCUUACAACCAUUUUUCCGUUCAAAUUCAUGUGAGUUGUACUCUCCCGUGUAGUACUGAUGAAGUGAUGGAUGGCGUAUAAAAUUUUUCAAUCUGUCGAAGAAAUGAAUCGAUAGUAAACUCAUACAGAAACUUACAAAUAGCAGUUAUUUCGGGAUGUUUGAGUUUUGGUCAAUUAUUAGAACGAACGAAAAUCAAAGAAAAUUACUUAAUUAAUUUAUGGGCAUGACACAAAGGGGCACGCAGGACUGUCCAAGGCUUAUCUCUCUUACAACAGAAAGGACGAUUUGAACCAGACAGAAAAUAACCUCAGUCACGUCAGUUUCAUAUUCUUUCCAUAAUACAAAAUGUUUGAAACAAGAGUGGAUGUUUCCAUUUUUUGCACAAACGAUGACCUUGAACCAGCAACCGUCUAAGAAUUAUCAUCGAAUUAAUUCCCUCAUGGAACGUGCCGCGCGGUCAGCAUGUAUUUCGCUUUCAUAAAAAUAAAAAUCCAUACCGGCACGCGCGUCAUUCGAUGAAUAAGAAUUGUCUAAAUAUCGUCUGAGGGGUCUUUUUUCUGCUUGAACACAUUAACUAGAGGUACAAUACACUUGUUUUCGGGUUGACCAUUUCCCUUUCUCCACAAAAACGCAACCCCUCAAGGAAAGAACAGUCUGGAUAAGAUUGGUUAUUAGGUAUUUAUGAAAUGAAAACUUUUUUCUUUUCAAAAAAGGGUUGGGAACAAGAAUGAUUAGAUGGUUGUUUAAUGAAUGGUCUUUGUGGUUGGAGAUUCAACGUAGUUAAUAUAACAUACUACAGUACACACCUGUGAGUAAGAACCAGCAUUUUCCCAAGUUAGCCUAGACAGGUUCUUACGUGGUGCUGAAUUAGUACAAAUUUAGGCUAUCUAGGUAAAUAGGUUCUUCAGUUUUCUCUAAAAAAAAUACAAGUACUAGAAGCAAAUAUUGAUUUAGUGGUACUCAGCUUAUUCUUUAUAUAAAAUUUGCAAACCAUAACACUGACAUAGCAGUUGGAGUGAUAAGGCGCGUAUGUCUCCAAAAGAGGACCCUGGAUAUCUUAUCUUAUCUUAUUUGCCUAAGUGUACAGAAUUCUUAGUUAUGGAUUUUAGAAAAUAUGAACCUGUUUCAAAUUUAAGCCUAAACAGGUUGCGUAGAGGUGGCCUAACUGGCAAAUUUUAGCCUAACUUACUCGCGAGAAUUACUGUAUCAUGGUGUCCAAGAUAGUUCUAUCUUUAUAUUCAGACUGUAUAUAUUACACUAAAGUGUGACCAUUCAAAUAAAGGCUAACCCGGUUUUGUGCAGUACUUUUCUGUAUAUGUGAUGCUGUUUAUUACGCUGCACAGUUGCUGAAUGUUUUGAGUCACUGUGAAUGAAAUUCUGAAGUGAGUUAAACCUUAUACGAAAACAUAUUUUAAAAAAAAUUAUUGGAAUCCCAAAUCGAAUAGCAAAUGCUUUAGUAUUUCAGAGAAAUUUGUUCCACUUUCUAGUAGGGGGAGCUUACUUGCUCAAUUGUGUAUGAACACCAGUCUAUGGAAGAGAUUCAGAUGAUAAGAUCACUCUCUUUAAUAACCCAUACGCUUUAUAGUACUUGUAAAUCCUUACAAGCCCUGAGGGCAAUCAGACGAGUACUAAAUGAAAUUUCUCCGUCUUUGCUUGUAAUAUCUAAAUGCACUAUUUUCUUCUUCUUGGUCGCGAGGACGCAUCCGGUUCUACACCCCUUGAAUGAAUUUGAACGGAGAGUAACGGUUACUUGUUUUCUUUGCAGGUCGUGUCUUCAUUCCUCAGUCAGAUGUCUAUCUGGUCUAUACAGAGGCCAUAUAA